AUGGCAUACCGUAAAGAAGGCGAUAUUGAUAAGACUCUGCGGAGUCCUCUAAAAAUCCAUCCCGUAACUAAUGUCAAAGCACAUCGACUGAAGAGAUUGUGGAAAGUUACGCUCGUACCCAGAAGUAUCGGACCUAGAGAAAGGGCCCAUGGAGCCGUUAACGAUGACUUCAGUCUCCGGAAAGGGCACAGGAAUACCUCUUUGUUAAUUGUCAAAGCUUCAUCUUUGUUGUCAGAGACUGCAGGAACUUCAUCAAACGUUGCGUACCAAAAUCAUACACCAACAGCGUCAGAAUCAAAGUUUCGAAAUAUGUCGUUAGAUCGAGCUGUAAAGGGCAUCUGCUAUGGGUGCAAGGGGAGUAGACGCGGGUGCAUAAAGGACACUCUCAUCGGGGGCGGAGGAGACGCCGUCUCACGUGAGGAACCGUACCCACUGGUAGAGCUUCAUUUUAGAAUAUUCUCCCGAUCACGGAUCAGUCCGUACAUCGAAUCAGCUGCUGGUAACUUAGAGGGUGUUCGGAUACAAGAUCGCGCGGGGACAUGA